CAGGGAUGAAGGGAGAGACAGUGGAGCAGGAGGAGAGAGGUCAGCGCUGGGGAGACGUCUCCAGGGAUGAAGGGAGAGACAGUGGAGCAGGAGGAGAGAGGUCAGCGCUGGGGAGACAGUGGAGCAGGAGGAGAGAGGUCAGCGCUGGGGAGACGUCUCCAGGGAUACAGGGAGAGACAGUGGAGCAGGAGGAGAGAGGUCAGCGCUGGGGAGACGUCUCCAGGGAUGAAGGGAGAGACAGUGGAGCAGGAGGAGAGAGGUCAGCGCUGGGGAGACGUCUCCAGGGAUACAGGGAGAGACAGUGGAGCAGGAGGAGAGAGGUCAGCGCUGGGGAGACGUCUCCAGGGAUGCAGGGAGAGACAGUGGAGCAGGAGGAGAGAGGUCAGCGCUGGGGAGACGUCUCCAGGGAUACAGGGAGAGACAGUGGAGCAGGAGGAGAGAGGUCAGCGCUGGGGAGACGUCUCCAGGGAUACAGGGAGAGACAGUGGAGCAGGAGGAGAGAGGUCAGCGCUGGGGAGACGUCUCCAGGGAUACAGGGAGAGACAGUGGAGCAGGAGGAGAGAGGUCAGCGCUGGGGAGACGUCUCCAGGGAUACAGGGAGAGACAGUGGAGCAGGAGGAGAGAGGUCAGCGCUGGGGAGACGUCUCCAGGGAUACAGGGAGAGACAGUGGAGCAGGAGGAGAGAGGUCAGCGCUGGGGAGACGUCUCCAGGGAUACAGGGAGAGACAGUGGAGCAGGAGGAGAGAGGUCAGCGCUGGGGAGACGUCUCCAGGGAUACAGGGAGAGACAGUGGAGCAGGAGGAGAGAGGUCAGCGCUGGGGAGACGUCUCCAGGGAUACAGGGAGAGACAGUGGAGCAGGAGGAGAGAGGUCAGCGCUGGGGAGACGUCUCCAGGGAUACAGGGAGAGACAGUGGAGCAGGAGGAGAGAGGUCAGCGCUGGGGAGACGUCUCCAGGGAUACAGGGAGAGACAGUGGAGCAGGAGGAGAGAGGUCAGCGCUGGGGAGACGUCUCCAGGGAUACAGGGAGAGACAGUGGAGCAGGAGGAGAGAGGUCAGCAGAACACAACGCACCACAGCUACAGAGAAUGAACAAACACUCAGAGACAGAGAGAAAGAGGGAGUUGACUUUAUGGAAUGUGGAAGCACUCGAAAUAUAUGUUUGUUACAGUGUUUGAAAGUGUGUGCGUGUGGGUUUGUGUGUGAGUGAGUGUGUCUGUGUCAAAUCAAAGCAAAUCAAAUCAAAUCAAAUUGUAUUGGUCACAUAGACAUGAUUAGCAGAUGUUAAUGUGUGUGUAGUGAAAUGCUUGUGCUUCUAGUUACGACCGUGCAGUAAUAUCUAACAAGUAAUCUAACAAUUUCACAACUACUACCUUUAUACACACAAGUGUAAAGGGGUGAAUGAGAAUAUGUACAUAUAAAUAUAUGGAUGAGUGAUGGCUGAACGGCAGAGGCAAGAUGCAGUAGAUGGUAUAGAACAGUAUAUACAUAUGAGAUGAAUAAUGUAGGUUAUGUAAACAUUAUAUAAAGUGACUAGUGAUACAUUUAUUACAUCCAUUUUCCCAUUAUUAAGUGGUUAGAGAUUUGAGUCAGUGUGUUGGCAGCAGCCGCUCAGUGUUAGUGGUGGCUGUUUAACAGUCUGAUGGCUUGGAGACAGAGAGUUGAGUCAGUGUGUUGGCAGCAGCCACUCAGUGUUAGUGGUGGCUGUUUAACAGUCUGAUGGCUUGGAGACAGAGAUUUGAGUCAGUGUGUUGGCAGCAGCCACUCAGUGUUAGUGGUGGCUGUUUAACAGUCUGAUGGCUUGGAGACAGAGAUUUGAGUCAGUGUGUUGGCAGCAGCCACUCAGUGUUAGUGGUGGCUGUUUAACAGUCUGAUGGCUUGGAGACAGAGAUUUGAGUCAGUGUGUUGGCAGCAGCCACUCAGUGUUAGUGGUGGCUGUUUAACAGUCUGAUGGGCUUGAGAUAGAAGCUGUUUUUCAGUCUCUCGGUCCCAGCUUUGAUGCACCUGUACUGACCUCGCCUUCUGGAUGAUAGCGGGAUGAACAGGCAGUGGCUCGGGUGGUCGUUGUCCUUCAUGAUCUUUAUGACCUUCCUGUGACAUCGGGUGGUGUAGGUGUUCUGGAGGGCAGGUAGUUUGCCCCCGGUGAUGCGUUGUGCAGACCUCACUAGCCUCUGGAGAGCCUUACGGUUGUGGCCGGAGCAGUUGCCGUACCAGGCGGUGAUACAGCCCGACAGGAUGCUCUCGAUAGUGCAUCUGUAAAAGUUUGUGAGUGUUUUUGGUGUGUGAGUGAGUAUGUUUUUGUGCGGGUGUGGGUUUGUGUGUGUUGCAACAGUCAAUCCACUGUGUGAUCAGACUGUGCUUCAGGACUAGCAGCCUAGAAUAUGUUGAGAGGAAGAUGAAGGAGGAGAGAGGAAGGGAGGGAGGGCGAGAGAGGGGGAGGGAGGAAGAGGGAGAGGAGGGCGGGGAAGGAAGGAGCAAGUGAGAGACUGAA